AUGUCCAAGGUAACGGCGCCCGGGCCCGGGCCGGCGGCGGCCGUGGCGGCGGCGGCGGGCGGGAAGGAGAAGCGCUCCUUCAGCAAGCGGCUGUUCCGGAGCGGCCGCGCGGGGAGCGCGGGGGGCGGCGGGCCGGCCGCGGCCUCGGCGGCGUCGUCGGCGCGCUCGGUGGGCAGCUUCAUGAGCCGCGUCCUCAAGACGCUGUCCACGCUGUCGCACCUGAGCUCCGAGGGCGCCGCCCCGGACCGCGCCGGCCUCCGCGGCUGCUUCCCGCCCGGCCCGGCCGCCGCGCCCCGCCCGCCCCCGGCGUGCCCGCCGCCGCCCGCCUCGCCCGCGCCCGCCGCGCCCGCGCCCGCGCCGCCCGCCGAGCCGGUGCCCGGCGUGGCGGGGCUCCGCAACCACGGCAACACGUGCUUCAUGAACGCCACGCUGCAGUGCCUCAGCAACACCGAGCUCUUCGCCGAGUACCUGGCGCUCGGCCAGUACCGCGCCGGCCUCCAGCUCCAGCCCCGGCCCCAGCCCGAGCCCCUGCCGCCCCCCGGCCCCGGCCCCGGCGCGCAGGGCCAGGGCGAGGUCACCGAGCAGCUGGCGCACCUGGUGCGGGCCCUCUGGACCCUGGAGUACACCCCGCAGCACAGCCGCGACUUCAAGAGUAUCGUGUCAAAGAAUGCCUUGCAGUAUCGUGGAAAUUCCCAGCAUGAUGCCCAGGAGUUUCUGCUUUGGCUUUUGGACCGAGUUCAUGAAGACCUCAAUCAUGCUGUGAAGCAGAGUGGUCAGCCACCUCUGAAGCCACCAUCAGAGACCGACAUGCUGCCAGAAGGACCAUCUUUUCCCAUCUGUAGCACUUUUGUCCAAGAGCUUUUUCAGGCCCAGUACAGAUCCUCUUUGACAUGUCCUCACUGUCAGAAGCAGAGCAACACUUUUGACCCUUUCCUCUGCAUUUCUUUGCCAAUUCCUCUGCCACACACAAGGCCUCUCUAUGUCACUGUAGUGUAUCAAGGGAAAUGUUCUCACUGCAUGAGGAUCGGUGUGGCCGUGCCUCUGUCUGGGACUGUCGCCAGACUCCGGGAAGCAGUGUCUAUGGAAACAAAAAUCCCCACUGAGCAGAUCGUGCUAACGGAAAUGUACUACGAUGGAUUUCAUCGUUCAUUUUGUGACACAGAUGACCUGGAGACCGUCCAUGAAAGUGACAGUAUUUUUGCCUUUGAAACUCCAGAAAUAUUUAGGCCAGAAGGAAUUCUCAGUCAAAGAGGAAUCCACUUAAACAACAAUCUGAACCAUUUGAAAUUUGGCUUGGAUCACCGUAGACCAUCUUCUCCUACACAAGCCUCAGUCAAGCAGGGGAGAACAGAUUUGACCCCCACGAGACCAGAGAGCAACAAGAUCGUUUUGUUAGUGUGUAAUCGAGCCUGUACUGGGCAGCAGGGGAAAAGGUUUGGGCUACCGUUCGUGCUGCACUUGGAGAAGACCAUAGCGUGGGACCUUCUGCAGAAGGAGAUCUUGGAGAAGAUGAAAUAUUUCUUGAGGCCCACGGUGUGCAUUCAGGUGUGCCCUUUCAGCUUGCGUGUGGUCAGCGUGGUGGGGAUAACGUACUUGUUGCCUCAGGAAGAGCAGCCACUGUGCCACCCAACAGUAGAAAGGGCAUUAAAAUCUUGUGGACCAGGUGGCAGUGCUCAUGUGAAAUUAGUGGUGGAAUGGGACAAGGAAACAAAAGAUUUCCUAUUUGCAAGCACCGAGGACGAGUAUAUCCCAGAUUCAGAGAGCGUCCGUUUGCAGAAGGAGCGGCACCACCAGCCUCAGACUUGCACCUUAGCCCAGUGCUUCCAGCUCUACACCAAAGAGGAGCGGCUUGCCCCAGAUGAUGCCUGGCGGUGCCCACACUGUAAGCAGCUACAGCAGGGCAGCAUCACCUUGAGCCUCUGGACACUACCUGAUGUGCUCAUCAUCCACCUGAAACGCUUCCGUCAGGAAGGAGACAGGCGCAUGAAACUUCAGAACAUGGUCAAGUUCCCCUUAAUUGGUCUGGACAUGACCCCACACGUGGUGAAGAGGAGCCAGAGCAGCUGGAGUCUGCCAUCCCAUUGGUCUCCAUGGCGACGGCCCUAUGGACUCGGGAGGGACCCUGAGGACUACAUCUAUGACCUGUAUGCUGUGUGCAAUCAUCAUGGCACCAUGCAAGGGGGGCACUACACAGCAUUCUGCAAGAACUCUGUGGAUGGCCUCUGGUACUGCUUCGAUGACAGUGAGGUGCAGCAGCUCUCGGAGGAUGAGGUGUGCACACAGACGGCCUACAUCCUCUUUUACCAGAGACGCACAGCCAUACCAUCCUGGUCGGCUAACAGCUCGGUGGCAGGCUCUACAAGCUCUUCCCUGUGUGAACACUGGGUGAGCCGGCUCCCAGGGAGCAAGCAAGCCAGCGUGACCUCCGCGGCCUCAUCCAGACGCACCUCGCUGGCCUCGCUGUCGGAGUCUGUGGAAAUGACUGGGGAGAGGAGUGAAGAUGAUGGUGGCUUCUCCACUCGGCCCUUCGUGAGAAGCGUCCAGCGGCAGAGCUUGUCAUCCCGGUCCUCCGUUACCAGCCCUUUGGCUGUGAAUGAGAACUGCAUUCGGCCCUCAUGGUCGUUGUCAGCAAAGCUACAGUUACGCUCAAGCUCCCCGUCCCGCUUCCCGGGGGACUCCCCAAUUCACUCAUCUGCCUCCACGCUGGAGAAGAUUGGAGAGGCCGCGGAUGACAAGGUCUCCAUAUCCUGCUUUGGGAGCCUGAGGAAUCUUUCCAGCACCUUCCAGGAGGCAGGCGAGAGCCACAGCCGGCGUGAGCAACGGGCGGCAGGCCGGGCACCCUUGGCGGUCAUGGAAGGUGUAUUCAGGGAUGAAACUGCCUCCCGCCCACCUAACCCCAGGGCCCUUGAUGCACAGAGCCCAAACUCAGCACAAGGGGGCUGUUCGCCCCCCGAUUCAGACCCAUUUGAUAACAACAACCAGAUCGCCUAUGUGGAUCAGAGUGAUUCUGUUGACAGCUCUCCUGUCAAGGACAUGAAACCCCCAGCCCCGCCUGGCCCUCCCGCCAAGAAACCUGACAGCACAGCCAAGAAGCCCCCCAGUUCCCGUAGCACUGCGGAACCUGAGAGGAGCCUACGAAGAGGGAGGCCUGUCCUGACCAGCCAGGACUCGUCUGUGUCCAGCACAUCCCCAUCCUCGCCAGUUCCUGUGAAGGCCUCACUCAAGCCCACUCGCUCCCGAAGCAAGGCUGAGUCCUCUGCCCGGGCUACUGGGCGGCAUUCCUCCGCCGGGCCAGCUCAUCCCAGGAAGGAGACCUCACCCAGACCCCAUGACCCUGUGUUGUCCCCCGUGUCCCAGAAGCCCAGAUCUGCUGCUGCCCUGGUCCACUCGCCAGCCUCCACCCCUGCCAAGAAGGCCUCGAGCCCUGCCCCACGGGCUUCGUGCCCACCUGGGAAGAGCAGGACUUCGGAGUGGAGCCUGAGCCGAGAAGGCUCCAGGCAGAGUCUCACCUCCGAGCGGGGCAGCCUCACCUCCAGCUCCAAGCCCACCUCACCUCGAGGGAGCCAAGCCCGCGCCGGGGAGGGCCGUGGGGACGCCAAGCAUGUGCGCAGCAACUCCAUGGCAAGUCUACGCUCUCCAGGCACUGGCACACGCUCAGGCCUGAAGAGGGACAGCAAGUCGGAGGACAAGGGACUGUCCUUCUUCAAGUCGGCCCUGCGGCAGAAGGAGACGCGCCGUUCCACUGACCUGGGCAAGACGGCCCUGUUGGCCAGGAGGGCUAGCGGAAGCUCUGGGCGGGCAGGCGCCAAGACCACAGGGGACGACAAGACCGAGAAAGGCCAUGCGCCUCCGGCUUCCCAGCAGCUGCAUGCCGUGGGCAAGGAGCCGUCUGCCUCCAAGGAGGCUGUGCCCACGAAACAUUCCCUGCUGUCCACCCGUAGAUCAAAGUCCAUUCAGCUGGAGGCGGGGGUGCCGUCGUCUCCCGGAGGGCGGCAAGCUGUGGCAGAGAAGUCCACCACCAAGCUGUCUUCUAAAAGCAUGCAUGCCUCUUCGAGGCCUUCCCCGAAGCCUCGGUGAUACUCCGGCUUUGAGGAUUUGAGCUAUAAUGAUGUUGCUUUAUUUAUUUAGAGUCCCUCUUCCGUCCCUCCCACCAAAACCCCUGCCUUUCUUCAACCCAUCCUUCCCGCUUUUGUAUCUUUUGAGUCUUGUGCUUGAUUCUGUGUGUGUGCGCGUGUGAGAGCGUGAGACAAGUUUCAUUGCAGUUUGUUACAAGCGUCGCCUUAUUCUGCCACUGAACCAAAUAACAGCCAUAGGCAAAAGCAUCGAUACUAAGCUCACUGGAUUAUUGUAGGCAACACCCCCUGGACAGUCCCUUUAUUUAGCAGCUGUAAAUAUAUCUUUCUAGAGAACUCGAAUGACUUUUGCCAGACGCCAGGGCUCGGAAAUCUCUGAACCACUUACGCGAUGGCUCACAUGCGCUGCGGAUGGUGGAAUUACUUGACUGGGGUUCCACCUCCGCAGGGUCUGGCCCUUGUGGCACAUCAUAAUGUGGCACAGGGACCUCUACAAACUGUGACACUUAACAGUGGAAAAACGAGGGAAAACUGUUGCUUUCUGCACUUUGGCCCCUUCUGCCAGUCUUUGUAAAGGGCAGUAUUUUCACACUAAUGUUUCUCAGGUAUAUAAUAUAUAUCUACUCAGCUAGUCUAGGAGGGGGUGUGGGGCAGGGAACUAAGGUGGGGAGGUGCCCCCCCCACUCAGGUCACUCCCCACCAGUAGAGGUUCUUGGAGGUCCAAGUCUUUCAAGACCUUCAAAGAUGUGUGUCCCUUAAGUUGUCUGCCUUCUUGGGAUAUGUCCCACUGAGUGGCAAAAUUGGAAGCCCGAAGGCCAGUUACUGAGAGUUUGUUAUUUUUCAUUCUAAACAAUGGGCUUUUGGGAUUUUGAAAUGUUAACAAUGUGGUUAAUACCUUUGAAAGAUUCCUGGGUGUGGCGGGAGGAUGUUCCCAGUGAAGGCCCUCAUUUCUCUCCCAGUGCCAGUUCCCUCCCUGCCUCUUCUGAUCAUCUUGUAGUAUACAGAGGAAAAGGCACGUGAGAGUCCCCAGACAGAAUGUCAGUGGUGACAUCAGGGUGGUGCGUGGCAAGUGUGACAUGUAUGACACGCCUGCUUCUGCCUGCAGCCUCUCUGACUGCUUUUUGACAACUAGUUUAUUUUCUUCUCUGUGCUUUAGCAUUGACUCUUACCCCGAGCUCACAAGCAGGACUGGUGCAUGUUCUUCUGGCACUGUCACUGUAAACUGCAUUGCUUGUUUAGGAGAAAGAAAUGGGGUGGAGUGGGGGGGU